AUGCAGGAAGACAGGAUCACAGUCAAAUCUGAAAAGAUUUUCACUUGGUUGUAUAAAUUUGGUGGCGAAAGUUACAUGCCAAAUGUCACUAUCGUAACCACGAAAUGGGAUAGGCUAGAUUCAUAUGGGAUUCAAGACAAGCUCGAACGCAUUGAUAAGUGGAAAGCGAACAGUCUUAACAGCAGAUUAACUUGGUCCGCCGCGAUAUUUUAUCAUCAUGGUUUAGUGGGGGUUCCUGGCGAAUUUGCGACAUUGCGUAUUGGUGUAAAGGACGAAGAGCGAAAAUCUCGAGCUCUGGCCCUGAUAGCGAGCCGCUAUGGUUAUCCCUCUGGCCUCGCACUGCAGAUCUAUGACGAGGUCGCCAACCAUUGCAAUCUCGAGCAAACUUCAGCUGGCCAGCACUUGAAGCAUUACGGAGAAUUUAAUCGAGGAAGUACGUUAGAUUCGCAGGAUCAAGGUAAUGUUCAAUUUGUUUCAAUGACGAGCUAUAUCCACAAUAUAGCAGCUAAUUAG